UUUUGGACGUUUCCUUUCAGGAGAGGCUAUGGAUUUUCAAUUUGAGGUAUUGCUAGCUGCCACAACCACCGAUUUAUUGAUUUGCGGCAUCGAAUUCCGGUGGUUCUGCCACCCCGACAAUCAGCUACCACCGCCGUUCACCGACGAAGGAAGAUACUGCGCCGUGUGCCUCUACGACGUUAUUAGCGGCGAGAAUUGCCGGAAACUGCCGAAAUGCGGGCACGUAUUCCACGUGGAGUGCGUGGACUCGUGGCUACAACGCAAUCGGACAUGCCCACUCUGCAGAAGGCAAGUUACUGAUGAGGGAAGGGGUGAAACCGUAAUUUCAUGGGCGGAGGAUUUUAUUUUGGAAAAGAUUUAUAAUCCUAUUACUGAGAUGGUCACAAUACUUGUGUGCGGCGGUAUGUCUCUUGCUCAUCCAUGAAUCUAUUUAUCUUUUUCGGGUCGGUGAAGGGAAUUGAACUCUGGAUGAUUUCUAUUGAUUUAAUCUCCUUUUUUCUUGGAUCCAAUCUAGCUUUCUCUUAAUUAAGCCAUUGUACCAAAUUUAGCCAUGAUGAAUUGUAUUGAUAUUAAUUAUCAUAGUGAAAUUUUGUAUAGUGAAUUGGAUGGAGGAGAUGUUUCGUUUUUCCAUUCUUGAAUUGAUUGUGUAAGUUUGUUCAAGGAAAGAUUAUAC